GCCAAGUUUGGCGACGCGCCUCUACCACUGGGUGUUCGGUGGAGAUCUGAACGGUGGCGAUCGCUGUGCGGCAUACGCGAAUGCUUCGGCAUCUGAGCAGCCGGGCACAACUCUUCUCGAAUGGUCCGUGUGGGAGAGCAAGCGCGGCUGCUUCAUCGCCGACCCGGAGGUGAGAUGUACUACGGCCCCCGUGGCGCUGCAGGUUUGCGGCCGUGCUCGGCGGGAGAAUGAGUUCAUCAACGGUGACUACCAGCUUGCCGGAAUCCACUUGGGUCGGGUCUUCUACCACAAGCCGGGGAGUCAGACCGUGAUCCGAUUCUGGCCCCCGAGGAACCGUUGGCUGAUCGAUGGCAACGGCCUUCAGCCAUCGGAU